GACUUCCAGAGAAGUUUGCAGAGAUAUUUGAACGACAAGAGUUCUACAAUGAAUAUCCUACAAGACCAGGUGUUUGCCAAAUCCCGUGAAGUUCUUAUAGCGAAGAAACGAGAGCUUGUCCAACAACACGCCAAAGGAAACCGACCACAAGCUUGUCGAGAGUUGACGACGGCGGAGGAAGACAAGUUCUUUGAGUUGGGUUUGUUCGGAAAACACGACCCAGAAGUUCUCCAGAGGACCGUUUGGUGUGUUCUUUCUCUUCAUUUCGGCUUUCGAGCGCGUGACGAGUCGAGAAAACUAAAGUGGGGAGACGUAUCCAUCAGUAAAGACCCCGAAACAGGCAGCGAAUUGUUGUUGUAAAAAGCUGAACGAGGUUCAAAGACCAGGCACGGCGACGGGCAACAUCAGAGAGCCUUUUAUCCCACAGCGCAAGCAACCCACAACGAACGUUGUCCUGUUCAGUUAUAUCGUGCAUUUUCCCAGCAUCGACCAGAUGAAAUGAAACAGCCGGACUCUUCAUUCUUCCUGGCUAUUAACCACCGUCGCCAGCCAGGUUCUCAGAUCUGGUAUAACAAAGCUCCACUCGGAAAAAACGAAAUUGGCAAGUUUCUUUCGAAGGCUGCGAAAGCUGCUAAAUUGCCUGGGAACAUCACAAACCACUCGGUGAGAAAAACCUGUAUUUCCCGUUUAAUGGAUGCCGAUAUUCCCGAGAAUUACGUCACCCAACUGAGCGGUCACAAGAAUUUGAAAAGCCUCGAUUCUUACAAAUCCGCUUCGACAGAGUAG